AUGGCAGACAGAGGUGACGAUGAAGAAGAAGAUGGAGCGCGUGAGAGCACCACUCCCAACACUAAAGAAGCCGUUAAAAGCCUAACUACACAGAUAAAAGAUAUGGCGUCUAAAUUCUCUGGCGCUCAUAAACAAUCCAAGCCAACUACGUCAGGCUCCUCAAGCAGCAACUUGAGGAAAGAGCAUAGAAAGUUUCCGGAUUUCGACACUGCUUCAGAAAAUGCUCCAUACCCAUAUCCUUAUACCGGUGGAAGCACGAGCUCCACUCCUGCUUGGGACUUCAACAGCUCCUCCCACCAUCAACCUGGACGUGCAGACUCAAGAUUCACAUCAAUGUAUGGCGGUGAACGUGAACGAGAAUCCAUCUCUGCUCAGUCGUGUGAUGUGGUGCUAGAGGAUGAUGAGCCAAAGGAGUGGAUGGCUCAAGUAGAGCCUGGUGUUCAUAUCACAUUCGUCUCACUUCCAAAUGGUGGAAAUGAUCUCAAACGGAUACGUUUCAGCCGGGAGGUAUUUGACAAGUGGCAGGCUCAGAGGUGGUGGGGUGAGAACUACGACAGAAUAGUUGAACUUUACAAUGUUCAGAGAUUCAAUCGUCAAGCUCUUCAAACCCCUGGUAGAUCCGAGGAUCAGUCGCAGAGAGAUUCGACUUACACAAGAAUCGAGUCAGCAAGAGAGAGCAGAGACUGGACGCCAAGAAACAACUUCAGGCCUCAAGGAGGAAACGUUCCGCAUCACUUCUAUGGACCUCCAAUGGAUGCAGCACGAACCACCACCUCGUCUAGAGACGAACCGCCUUCGGUUAGCAACGCUAGUGAAAUGCAACCAGAAUGGGUCGAAGAGGACGAGCCUGGGGUUUACAUCACCAUCAGACAGUUACCAGACGGGACCAGAGAGUUACGCCGCGUCAGGUUCAGUCGAGAAAAGUUUGGGGAAGUGCAUGCAAAGACAUGGUGGGAGCAGAACAGAGACAGAAUACAAACACAAUACCUCUAG